CGUAAUUUCGUUGAAUCUUUAAUGCAAACUAAACAACGCAAUAUCAAAAGGUUUUUGUUUGUGGAGUUUGAUGAUACCAUAGGAAUACUGCGAAUAAAUAUUACUGGCCUUAGAUUAAAAUUGCCAAAGAAUUGAAGAAAAUAACAAACAAAACUAACAGAUUGAUAAGCAUAAAAUGAGCGUAUUCACACGUGACGUGAUAAAAUGUUUAUUUAUCCUGAGCCUGCUCACUAGUAUCCAUCAGAGAUUUUUAAUUGCAGCCCUAGAUGGGUCACUGCUAUCUAAUGAAUUGAAAAGGAUAAAAAAUGACAUUGGAGUCAAUUAUAUACAGGAAAAAUUCAACAAUUUUCCUUAUGAAACAAAAACUGAUACCGGGAGUGAGUUACUUCAAAAUAUACAAGCCAGUUUGAAUUCCUCGUUGACGGAUUUGAAUGAAGUUCUUAAUAACAUUAAAGACAAUAUACAACAAGCAGACAAACCCGACAACGUCCAUACGGAUCUCCCGGAGUGUUGUACCUUACCAGACGAUAGAUUAUCAUACGCACCUGAAUUUCAGACAAAGGUGGAUCUAAAUACAGCAUGCUAUACCAAAUCCCGAAUCACCAAUAGCAAUCUGAAGUAUCCAACACAUGUUAUCACAGAAACAAUGAAGACAAACUAUCAAAACAACACAAACGUGUUGUGGCAGCACUAUAGUACUACAGAGGGAAUUUCCGUGAUUUAUCCCGCAAACAAAUUUAAGCAAUGUAUAAAUUUUGAUCCACGCUUCACGUCAUCUUAUACGGCUGCUGCGUAUCCGGAAGAUAAAGAUGUUGUCAUAGUAUUGGAUACGAGUUCUUCCAUGGUACAACCAUCUGGAGUUCCUGAUAAAACAAAAAUGGUGAUCGCUAAAGAAGCUGUCAGUAAUGUUAUACAGACAUUGAAGGAAGACGAUAGGGUUGGUAUAGUAAUAUUUGACAGGAGUGCAACUACACCUAUAGGAGAAAACUUUCAUCCCUGCUAUGAUUACAAACUAGCAUUUGCAACAAAAGCAAACGUUGCCAAAAUGGAGGCAUUUGUUUCUCCAAUCUCAGGAUCUCAAUUCGCAGAUAGCAAUUUUACAGAUGCUUUGAGAGCUGCAUUUAGGUACUUUGAUUCUUCGGACGAUACUGUGGAUAUAUCGCAUAGAGAGCAGGUAAUUUUAUUUCUAAGUGAUGGAAGGUCAACAGGAAAUGCAGAUCCAAGAGAAGUAAUUAGAGAUGAAAACAAGAAAUAUGACAACAGAAUCAGAAUUUUUACUUAUCUUAUUGGUGACGGUAUAAAUUUAAUGUUACCACAUUUUUUCGGUAUAUUCUUCCUGUUUGUCUCAAAACUUUAUAAGACUAUACUUUAUAGAUAUUUAAAGGAGGGAUACUACAAGAAAAGUUAAAAGCUAAUAUAAUUGCUUAAAUGACUAAAAUGAUAAAGAAUCAGUGACUUUAAUAUGUUCAUUAAGUUGAUACAUGUAGUUUCAUUGAGAUUUAUAACAAUAAACAAACAAGUACACAUUAAACUAGGACUGCAUUUAAAUAUGCCAUUAGCAAUAUCCUUUGAUAAUCAAUGGUUAUAAAAUAUUUCGAAAUAAUACAUGCAGAACAAAUUCAUGAAUUUGAUAUGAAAUUGGGAAGUUUUUUCUGUAAAUUGUAACAUUUGUUGUCUGAUAAUAGACAUAUAUCUGCACACAGCAUCAUCAAGUAUAUUUUAGAUUUGUUUAGAGCUUAGCAGCCCGAUAUAUUUCGUGUACGUUUAAUAAAUAUUACUAUUUACUAAUAAAGAUAGAAGGGUAAAAAAGCACGUUAUGACAGUGAAAUACACAAAGGAUACAAGUAUAAUGCCUUAAUUUUUUAUUCGAAAAACACAAAAAAUAAGAUUUGCUACUCAUGCAGCGAAUUUUAAGAAGAACUGCCCAAACGAGACUGAAUCCUAAUUACUUUCACUAGUAAAUAGAUUUUAGCCUUUAACGGUCAUUGUAAUCUUAACUUCUUCUGAAAAUUCUGAACAUUAAAUUAGUCAACAAUAUUCAGUCUUUCAGUCGAUUUUCGGCCUUAUCCAAUGAAGUACUGUUCAGCUAAUUUGCUUGCAGUCAAUUCGGUUAUUUUCAGUAGCUUUUCAAACAAUAUAAUAUUAAUAGUAAUGGUCAAUAAUUACUAUUGUUUAGUUAACAGAUAGAUUGAAUAUAUCUUUAUUAGAAAUAUAAAUGAAAAUACCUAUGUUUCAAUAUUUUAACAUAAAUAACGAUAUCUCAAAUGUGUGUUCAAGUCAAGUUCUUAAAUAUUAGAAAAAGAAGCAAUGAUCCAGCUGAAAGGAAUGGCCAACCAGGUCUUGUUAAAUACAACACAUGGUUCAAUUAAAGUGAGUAUAAUAACGUCAAACCUAUCAGUUGUGACUGUUUAUUUCUUAAACAUUAAUAAUAAUAUAAGGCUCUCAAACGUGCUACUAAAAUGUUUUCCCGCUUAUUCGUUAUGUUAUAUUCUGCAAUAUCGUGUUCCUUGCUUAAUUGUUUCUAGUAUUUUCAAAUUCAAACAAGAUCGUUAAACUUUCUUUCUACACAUUGUUAACAAAUGUCGAAACUGAGGAAAAUAUCAAAAUAUUUUAAUUUUUUAUAAUGUGUAUAAUGUUCAUGAAAAUUAAAAAACAAAACGCCAUAGUUUAAUUAUGUAACAACUAAUCACAACUCUAUAAUGUUUUCUAUGCCUUUUAGACGGGGAAAUUCCAGUUUUUUAACCUUGGGAACCGAACGUUGCUGUCAACAGUCAUGGCACAAUUUUACCUGGAUCUACCUUAUGAUGACAAAAAAGAGACAUCAUCUAUCUUUUCUGUUCCUUAUGUUGACCUAUUUUCUGGAGUUGGUUUGAUUACAUCAUUAUGCCUCCCGGUUAAACUCAAUUCAAGUCUUCACGGUGUAAUAUGUACAGACGUUAAAAUAAGCAAGUUGUUGACAGAGGUGGAAUAUUUUACUGAAAAUGAAUAUUCUUAUGCUUUUAUCAUUGAUAGAACAGGAAGAGUGCUGAUGCACCCACUCUUACCAAAUGCUCAAUUUGUAACAUUUGAGGAUGAUCCUGUUCUAGUUGAUAUAAGCGUUCUUGAGAGGGAAGAGGAUGCUGAUAAUAUGAUAGAAUCCAUGAAAAUGGGACAUAGUGGUAAUAAGACCUACAAAAAGUUUUUUAUAAAGCCACGUGGUCGAUUGGUUAAUGAUGGUAGCAGUAAUGUUAUUCUUCAUGCUGAAUUUUUUUGGGGUCCAGUUCCCAAAAGUAGAUUUUCACUUUGCUUAGUUCUAGUCGAUGAUUCUUACUCUGAAUUAAAGGAAUCAAAUUUCCUCAUGAACAGUUCUGAAUUGAAAAACAUUUCUUAUACCAUAAUCGAAACCUUGUAAAAGAUAACCAUACAGAUUGCAAAUUCUAUUCAAGACGUGUUACAUUUGAACAAAGCAAUGUGAAGUUUACACAGGCAGCCUUCAAGAAUCCAUUUCAGUACUUAGAUCGUGACGAAACAGCUGAUGAUGUUACGCAAUAUGCACUUUAUCUAACACGGUCCAGUUCAAUAAAUCCAGGCUUUCAUACAACACUACGAUCAGCUGUUUGGGCUUCGUAUACAGCGGAACAGUUCUGGAGAUCAAAGGAAGUUACAUAUGUGUCUCUGAGAUUUAUGGCAUCAAAGGCUGGCUUCACAAGGGUCUAUCCAUCAGUUUCCAUAGCAAAGUCCUACGAUUUUCAGAAAAGAACAUGGUGGAGAGAAGCACUGGCACACCCAAAUAGGAUGAUAUUGACCUCGCCGUAUUAUGAUGCAUCAGGGGCUGGAAUUGUCGUAUCAUUUGUACAUACGAUAUAUAGGAAAAAUCCUACUCAAACGACCGCCGUUGUUGGUGCUGAUUUUGCCUUGAAAUAUUUCGAUUUGUUUGUCAGUAAAGUGUAUCCAUCAUGUGAAAAGGAUUUUGGAUGUAUUAUUAUCGAUGAUAGUGGAUUCAUUGUAAUGCAUCCAAAAAUAAAAAAUAUAACAGAAGAGUCACAAUUCCAGGAACCUAGACAUAUAAGUAUAGAGGAGCAUAGUAUUGCAGAGGAAAUGAUAAAUAGAAAUAUAUUGAAUAGCAAUAUAUGUCAGGACUUCUCGAAAAAUAAAAACUUACGGUCUUAUAGGGUAACGCUACCAUUGCAUAUUGAACGAGGAUUUGAAUCGGAAGUUUUUGAGAUGAGGCCUAUUCCAGAGAGUAAUCUAUUCAUUAUCCGAGUAAAACAAAAACCUUCCCUUAAUGGAUGUUCUUGUGUUUCAACGUCUCCAGAUGACUUGCUUUGCAAUGACCAUUGUGAUUGUCUUUGUCACAGACCAAUACAAUUCGAUGUGUGUACAAACAAGUACGAUACAAAAGAAGCAAGUCCACCCUGUAGUGCCAGAUUACCAGAUACGUCAGCUAAUAAUGAACCAGAUAUUUUGGAUGGACUGUCAGCAUGCUUUGAUCCAGCUUGUCCCCGAAAACAAAAUAAAACAGAUUGUCUUAGUGAAGGUGAGUGUAGCUGGUGUGAAUUUACAGAUACAAAAGAGCAAAUAGAGACGCCCUGUUGUCGGCUGAAAGAAGAGUGCACAUUCGGUAAAACUAAAUCCACAAGCAGACAUACAUGUGCUAAACCUCUACCAGCAUCUGCUCCUAGAACUACUGAUAUAAAUAAAGCUGCAAUAGUUGGUGCGACGGUAGGCUGUGUAUUAGUGUUCAUACUGAUCAUAUUAGCUGUCCUGUAUUGCUACAGACAUCACCAUCCAGUACCAGAUGACCUUUACAUUGAUGCUGUAGCAGAUAUGAACGAGAUUUCAAACUACAUACAUCCAGAAAGAGGAAUGAGUGGGGUUAAUGAUCAAUAUCCAUAUAAAUGUAAACCGGAAAUUAAUAACCUUUACUCUGAAAGCAAUAGCUUUUAAUUAAUCUACUUGAUUACUAGUAUGCGAUUUUACCUGAUUAUGUUAGUUUACUUGAAUUUGUGAUUCUUAAAUAUGUCUAUAUCACUUUAAAAAUUGUUGAGUAAAACUAAUUUCAAUCGUAUUUACAAAAAAAUAUAAAAUGUCUAUAUUUGCUUGCAAGCAUAGUAAAGUGUGUUUUUUUCUUUCUUUAUCUUGUCGAUGAAGAAAGAAUGUAUGACCGAACAUCACAAACACUUCCUAAAUAGUGAAUGAUAAUUUAAUAAUGAGAUAAUGAGUUUUUAAUGUUCGCUACUGUAUUUUAAGAAGUGAUUGUGUGAGUGUCCUUGCACAUAAAUUAAAGUAAUACUAGCAUGAUAAAGAAUAUCCUGGUCUUGAACUUAAGGAAUUUGUUUACAACUGAGGAACAGCUACAUAGGAGAAUCGGAAUUUAUUUUCUUUUGUAACAAAGGAACGCAUGAAAUAAAAUUAAUAAAAAACAAAAAGAAUAUCCGCCUUCAGAAGCAACAUGGAUAACAGAUGAUAAACAACUAUUUAAUACAACAAAACUGGAAUAAUUUUUCAUCAUGUCAACAAUAAAUUCAUUUUCAUUUGUCAUCGGUGAAGUUCAACUUUGUGCAAUCGGUCUUAUCUGUAUCUUGCUUUUUUGCCGGGGUUUGCAUGUUUUGCCAAUAAACUACACAAAUCACAAUUUUACUUAAUAAAGAUAUUGCACGAUUUUACAGCCCUCCUCCUUCACUCUUAAAUUAGACUUACGCAUACCUAACCAUCUUUUUUUAUAAAUAUGAAACUACAUAGAAAUAAAAAAAUGGAAUCCCAAUGACUUGGGUUUUUAUUGAUUUGACUUAGGAUAAUAUGAUUUUUUUUCCGAUUCAGUUUACUCUGGGACAUAAAAUAUUUUCGUAUAAUAUUUUCCCAGGUUUACUUGAUUUUGAAAAAAAAUCCCGAAAUUGUAAAUAAAUUCAGAGCAGGUAACCAUGUUUUGUUGAGAGGAAAAUGGAGAUGACAAAACAUUGGCCGCAGUGCAAAGGAAAUGUCACUCCGGCGAUACUUCUAGUGAAUUAAUAUUUAUUUGUUUUGCUGUUUUCAGUUAAAAAAUGAACGUAAAUUAUAUAUUGUAAAUAUUUUACAUAGAUUCACAUAGAAGAACAAGUAUUAUGUCAAUUAACACACUGUUUGGUAAUGAAAAACAAUAAGUUUAAAGAAAGUAUGUUUAUUCAUUGAAUGUUUUAAUAAAAAGGUGCGUCCCUCCUUGUCAUCCUUAAUUUUUUCAUAUUUUGUUUAACAGUUAAUUAUACAUGUAUAAUUUUGUACUUCAUUUUAAAUGAGCAUACUACAGCUGUUUACCUUUAAUUUUAUGUUUCUCUGUAAAUCUAUACUUAGUUUUGGAGAAUAAAAUAUCUUUCUAUAUGUACAA